AUGGAUGUAGAUGAGAAGUUCAAAGCUCUCCUUGAGGCCAUGCCCGAGCCUGUGACAGACAAACAGUCAGGCUCAACAGAGAAGUCAAUUCAUAAUGCUGUGACAAGCACUCAAAAGGCCAGUGCUACUCUAGUCCAACAGAGGAGGAUGAAAGCAAUCUUCAAGGGCAGGAGGAAGGUGAAGAAGCAAGAGGAAGCCGUGGCCAAGAGAGAGGAGGACUGGAAGGCCAGAGGGGAGAAGGCAGAUGCCCAAGAUGCUGCCCUCACCAAGUCUCAAGACGGCCAUUGA